AGUUUGUUAUGUCCACAAAAUGUCCAAAACAAUUUUCUCUCUUAUCAAAUCAUAGUACAACUCUUUCAGUGUUAUGUACAACCACUUAAAGGCAUCUCUUGCCUCCCCAACUGCACUAUAUUAGCCCUCCUCUCCCCUUUCUCUGGAGCAUCAAGAACAAUGGGUUUCAAUCCAAGAAUCCAACUGGGUAUUCUCCUACUACUACUCUUAUCCCUAUACGCUUCUGCCAACAAAACAACAGUAUACGAAAUCCUCACAAAAUACAGCCUUCCUAAAGGGCUUUUACCAGACUCUGUAAAAUCUUACUCUCUUUCCAAAGAUGGCGACUUUGAAAUUGAACUAGAGAAGCCUUGUUAUGUGGAGUUUGAAUACUUAGUUUAUUAUGCUGAGAAGAUUACUGGGAAGCUAAGUAUUGGGUCAAUUACUGACUUAGACGGAAUCCAAGUAAAAAGAUUCUUUCUUUGGUUAAAUGUGAAUGAGAUCCGAGUGGAUUUGCCCUCAUCUGGUAGUAUUUACUUUCAAGUUGGGAUCAUUAACAAGAAGCUUGAUAUGAAUCAGUUUGAGACUGUUCAUAGUUGCCGUGACAAUGCUUUGGCUUUGUGUGGAGGUUCUCUUAGACAGGUUCUUCAGCUUCCGGACCCUGUCGAUGAUAUGCCGAUGCUUAUUACAGAGUAGAUGCGAUCUAGUAUACAUCUCGAGCCAAAAGUUGCAGCAGCCAGAGAUAUCAUUUGCUUGGUUUCUUUUGGAAUCAGGGUCAUCAAGACUGCAUGUACUAGAUGUAUGAUCAAGUAAAUUAAGAUUCCACGAAUGUAUCAUGUUUAAUGAGUUUUUCAAUUAUAUAGUUCUGAUAAAUACUUAUUUCUCACACCUCCUCCCCCUCCUCCUGCCUUGUUUCUGCUGCUUUCGGGCAAGCGAGGACGAAAAGAAGCAGAGCUAGACAAAGAAGAAAAUGGAUAAAACCCAGUGUUGGAGUUGAAUUUCAAAUAGAAUUUGGAUGGUCAAGAGCAAUAACAUCAUAGGAAGUUAACAGCU